CACUUUCUUGGGUAAAGAAGAAAGAGAAGGAUUUGCUCUUUCGAUCAAAAUACUUUUUAAAAAAAGAGAAAUGCUUCAGUCAAUGGAAAAGAUUCCUUCUCUGUUUUGGGUAUCUCUGUUCUUGUUAUCAUCAUCUUUCUCUGUUUCUUUGGAUUAUAGUGUCAUCACUCCAAGAGAAUCUCUUAAGGAUGGAGACACUCUUAGUUCUUCAGAUAAUGUCUUCCAAUUAGGAUUUUUCAGUUUUGACCAAGAAGAACAGCCUCAACAUCGGUUUCUUGGCUUGUGGUACAAGCAACCAUUUGCAGUCGUUUGGGUAGCCAACCGAAACAAUCCUCUCUAUGGCACUUCUGGAUUCUUGAACUUGAGUUCUCGUGGCGAUCUUAAGCUAUUCGACGGGGAGCACAGAGCGUUGUGGUCAUCAUCAUCAUCAAAAGCUUCUAAAACCGCAAAAAAUCCCUACUUGAAGAUCAAUUGUACAGGGAAUCUUCUCUUAAGUGAUGAAGAUGAAGUUUUGUCGUGGCAGAGUUUUGAUGAUCCCAUGAAUACAAUUCUGGCUGGUAUGAAGCUUGGAAAGAAUUUCAAGACACAAAAAGAAUGGUCUCUAACGUCUUGGAAAACCAUGAAAGAUCCAUCCACAGGUGAAUUCACUUUGUCUCUAGAUACUCGAGGUUUUCCACAGUUGAUCUUGAAGAAGAAAGGAGAUCCGAGCUAUUCCUAUCGGUUAGGGUCUUGGAACGGCUUAUCCUUCACCGGAGCUCCAGCUAUGGGACGAGAGAACAGCUUGUUCGACUACAAAUUCACGUCGAGUGAGCAAGAAGUAAACUACUCGUGGACUCCUCGACGCCAACUUGUCUCAAGAUUGGUUUUAAACAACACAGGGAAACUCCAGAGGUUUAUCCAGUCGAAGCAACACCAGUGGAUCUUAGCAAACACAGCACCCGAAGAUGAGUGUGACUACUACUCCAUAUGUGGAGCUUAUGCAGUUUGUGGGAUCAAUAGCAAAAACACAGCUUCUUGUUCAUGUUUACAAGGAUUCAAGCCAAAAUCAGGUCGACAAUGGAAUAUCUCGAGAGGAGCAGACGGGUGUGUCCAUGAGACUCCAACAAAUUGCGGAAAGAAAGAUAUAUUUGUGAGGUUUCCAGGUAUGAAGUUACCAGAUACUUCAUGGUCUUGGUAUGAUUCAAGAAAUAAGAUGACACUUGAGGAUUGUAGGAUCAAGUGUUCAAGUAACUGCUCCUGCACGGCUUACGCGAAUACUGAUAUUCGUGAAGGAGGGAAAGGUUGUUUGCUUUGGUUUGGUGACUUAGUUGAUAUGAGAGAGUAUUCAAGCUUUGGACAAGAUGUUUAUAUAAGAAUGGGUUUUGCCAAAAAAGAGUUUAAAGGAAGAGAAAAGGUGGGAAUGGUCGUUGGAUCAGUGAUGAGCAUCGCAGUUGUUUUGGUUGCAGUGUUUGCCUGCUGCAGGAAGAGAAUUUUGAAGAGAUAUCGUGGAGAAAAUUGGAGAAAAGGGAUUGAGGAAGAGGAGUUGGACUUGCCUAUUCUUGACAUUAAAAUGAUUUCCAUAGCCACUGAUGAUUUCUCACACGUAAACUUUCUAGGACGAGGAGGGUUUGGACCAGUUUACAAGGGUAGGUUGGAGGAUGGACAAGAGAUCGCGGUGAAGACGCUAUCUGCGUGCUCAGGACAAGGCGUGGAAGAAUUCAAGAACGAAGUGAAACUAAUAGCGAAACUUCAACAUCGUAACCUCGUGAGGCUUUUAGGAUGUUGCAUUCAGUGUGAAGAACGUAUGUUAAUCUAUGAGUAUAUGCCAAACAAAAGCUUAGACUUCUUUAUCUUCGAUGAAAGGAGAAGUAAAGAACUGGAUUGGGAGAAGAGAAUGAACAUUAUCAAUGGAAUUGCUCGAGGGCUUCUUUAUCUUCAUCAAGAUUCGAGACUGAGGAUCAUACAUAGAGAUCUCAAGGCUGGAAAUGUUUUACUAGACGCUGAUAUGAACCCUAAGAUCUCUGAUUUUGGAUUAGCUAAAUCUUUUGGUGGAGAUCAGAGUGAAUCAAGCACAAAAAGAGUCGUGGGUACUUAUGGUUAUAUGCCUCCGGAGUAUGCAAUUGAUGGACAUUUCUCGGUGAAAUCCGAUGUGUUCAGCUUCGGUGUAUUAGUACUUGAGAUCAUAACUGGCAAGACGAAUCGCGGGUUUCAUCAUGCAGAUCAUGAUCUUAACCUUCUUGGACACGUUUGGAAGCUGUGGAUUGAAGACAGAGAAAUAGAAGUCCCUGAGGAAAAUUUAUUAAAAGAGACAUGUAAUGUCUCAGAGAUUCUAAGAUGCAUCCAUGUGGCUUUGCUUUGUGUACAACAGAAACCAGAAGACAGACCAAACAUGGCUUCUGUUGUCUUGAUGUUUGGGAGUGAUGGUUCUCUCCCACACCCGAAACAGCCCGGUUUUUUCACCAACCGGAACGUUCCAGAUGUUUCUUCAUCUCUAAGCCUACGUUCGGUAAACGAAGUUUCCAUUACAAUGUUGCAAGGUCGGUAAAAAAAUAUAGAUUAUGUGCAAACUAUAUAUGGUUGGUAAUGUAAUGUGUCACCAAAGAAGAAAUAAUCAACAUAUACAAUGUUACAUAUUAAUAUAGAAUAUAGAAAGAUCGAUUAUAAGGUUUAUCUGGGCUCUAUUACACUCAUGGUUUGAAAAUUGUUGGAAG